CGUGAGUCGUGAGUUGUGAGUGACUCUCUUAAUGGUUUCAAAUGAAAGUGAAGUUUUUAAUAACCUAUACCAGAUAAUAUUAUAGAAGCUCCAUAGGUAUGACCGAAAGAACUUUUUUGGCAGCAGGCAGACAACCCAUCACCACAGUGAGGUGUAGAUACAAUAAAUACAUCCAUCAGAUACAAACUUUUCGUCACUCGUAGUUUUCUCUCGGAACCAAGCAGCAACAAGUGGUCAUGGUGGUUCCGUAAAUAAAAAUUUUGGAUACAAACAAAUUAAAAAUUAAACAAGAAAAAUACUUGUGUCGAAAUUCCCGGCUUAAAGAUCAAUUUAAUUGCUCUCUCCUGUUCUCCAAUUGACCGGGAGAAAAUCUACAAAUAAGGAUUUUUUAAAAAAAGGACCUUCCCUCGUUUUCGUUUUGUUUUUCUUUUGUGAUGAAAUAUUAAAAAAAGAAAAGUCCAAACGAAAUAACGGUCUCAUGUGGCGGUAGAAUUUUUAUGGAACAUAAAUAACCAAAGGGAAUUAAUAGAACGGGUGUGAGGAAAUCAGCGAAUUGGGGGUUUUUGGCGAUUUGUUCUUUUUUUUCAACGUUUUUGAAAUUUAUUUUCACAGUGCUUUAAUGUUCUUUUGUGGAAAAAAUAUAACACUCACAAUAAAUCACACGAGGAUUGUUGUUAAAUAAGAUUGAAAUACACGCGCCGCGUUCGCUCGGCAAAAAGGAUAUUCAAUAUUUAUUCAUAUAUUCGAAUAUAUUUUAAUAUUAUUCCCAAUUUUAUACUCGGCUUUUCCUAGAGUUGAGUAUUUUUGUUUCUGUUUUCUUUUUUGGGGAAAAUUGUGACAAUAAUUCAGUGCGUAUAUAAAACGAGCGUAACUACAUACAUACAUAUUGAGAUUCAGUGUUGGCAGAAUAAAAUAAAUAUUUAUUAAAUUAUUGGCAAUCGAAAAAUGGCGGCAUUCAAAUUGCUUAUAACCCUCCUGCUUUUGGCGUGUCCUACAAAUUGGGCACUCUCCAUGACAUCAUCAGAUUCACUAUUGGUGUCAUCCAAGUCACCUUUGUCCAGCUCGAAUACAAAAGAUUCUGCGCCAGCACCAGCAUCAUCAUCAACAGCAGCAGCAACCUUGGGUGAUUUAUAUCGUAAAAGCAGGCAAUCCAGAUGUGUACGAUGCUAUGAUGACAGAUAUGGAGAUGACUAUGAGAGAAACCGUUAUAAUAGUGGACCAUCAGGAGGAGCUGGAAGCAUCAGGGGACCGGGACCGGGACCUAUACCUCCUAGUGGUGGAUAUUCUAGCUAUCCCAGCAGGACAUACGAUGAAAGGCCCGGUAAUUGGUAUUAUCCCAGAGAAACAAAUGAAAGGUAUGAUGAGAGUAGGGUGGGAUAUAGCGGCAGCGGUGGCGGUGGUUCCGGAAGAGAAAACGACAGGUAUUAUUACCCAUCAUACAACGGUUAUUAUUUCGAAAGGAAUGAAGAUCGUUACAACACAAGAACCUACGACCGUUAUGAACGUGAUCGUUAUGAUAGUCGUUAUUCUCAUGAACGUUCUCCAAGUGAAACUAGAGCCUAUGGACAUGGAUAUGAAAGUCGAGAUCGUUACUAUCCUGGUGAUCGUUCAAAUGACUACUAUCGUGGAGAUCGCUAUUCCGAUCGUAGUCGUGGUAGCAGCAGCGGUAGUGACGGUAGUAUUUACGAUCGUUACGGACAAGAUGACAGAUAUUUGUCAAGAUAUGACUAUCGCAAUUAUCGUCCUUGGGAUGAGACUUACAGGGGACAAUCGGGUUUCGAUAAUUCUGGUCGUGGUUAUUAUUUCGCCAACGAAAGACCAAAUGAUUACUACGAACCACCACCACCGCCGCCGCCACCUCAAUAUGGUCCUUAUUCCCGCCCGCUAGGUCCAUCAGGACCAGGACCAUCGACACCAGGUCCUACUUACCUGCCAAGGGAUCCACACGAACAAUCUCGUCCAUCAAACUCCCAUCAUGGUUAUCCGGAUGAUAGGCCAGGAUCGUCGUCAUCACCAUCGUCAUCGUCGUCGUCGUCCUCGGGUUCCUCUUCUUCUGGUCCCGAUUAUGGCAACCGACCGAGAGAUGACGUUCAUGGACAUGGAUCUGGAUCCGGUGGUGGAGGUGGAGGUAAUGGUGGUGGAAACGGUGGCAGUGGCGGCGGAGGUGCCACUGGUAGUGGCGGUGAUAAUAAGAACGGAUAUAGUGGCGGUAGCUGGAGUUAUGUUAAUGACAGGGAAAAGGAUGCCAGCUAUAAAGGAGGCAUUAGGGAUAAGGAUAAUCAGAGCUCUCCGUACGGUGGCGGACGUGGUCGACCAUCAUUAAGUGGAAGUUAUUUACUCGAUCGAGAAAAUAAUAAUAUUCCUGAAACAUCAUUGGCAAUUAAUCCAGAUAAGCCAUCUAAUGCAGGUGAUAGUCAUCAUCAAAUAAGUGAUUCGCCGACGGCAUCAAAAUUAACCUCACCAUCAUCAUCAUCAACAUCGAAAUUAGCAACAAAUGAAGAUCGUGUGACUGAGUCAAAGGGUUCCAAUUGAUAAAAUGGACCAGGAACAGAAAAACUCCAAAACUAAAAAGGACCUUUCACAUUAAUUAAUUAAAUUUAUGACGAGGUGAAGAAAAAAAAGUGGAAUUGAAAAAUAAAGGGUCCUUUUUUUUCCUACAGAAAUUUAAGUUUAGUUUUUGCAUUUAGUACGAGAUAAAUUACUAUUUAAAAUUUCGACAGAAAAUUUAAUUUAUAUUUAAUAAUAAUAUUAACUCUGUGAAAUGUAUUUUUCAGCAUUUAUUUAAAAUUUAAGAAAAUUCAGUAAUAAAUAAAAAUAAAUUUACCACAUAAUACCCA